AUGUUCCGGACCGCUCUCCGACAGAGCACCCGCGCUGUCGGCGCCCUGUCUGCCACCAGCAGAAUCGCCGUCGCUCGAAGCGCCGCCCCCGCCGUCGCCUCCGUACAAGCACGCACCUACGCCGAUGCCAAGGCUACUCCCACCGAGGUCUCCUCCAUCCUCGAGCAGCGUAUCCGCGGCGUCCAGGAGGAGUCUGGUCUCGCCGAGACUGGUCGCGUUCUGUCUGUCGGUGAUGGUAUCGCCCGUGUGCACGGUCUGGCCAACGUCCAGGCCGAGGAGCUGGUCGAGUUCGCGUCUGGCGUCAAGGGAAUGUGCAUGAACCUCGAGGCUGGCCAAGUCGGUGUCGUGCUCUUCGGUUCUGACCGUCUCGUCAAGGAGGGCGAGACCGUCAAGCGUACCGGUGAAAUUGUCGAUGUCCCCGUCGGCCCGGAGCUGCUCGGCCGUGUCGUCGACGCCCUCGGUAACCCCAUCGAUGGCAAGGGCCCUCUCAACAACAAGGAGCGAUCCCGUGCCCAGGUCAAGGCCCCCGGCAUUCUGCCCCGUCGCUCUGUCAACCAGCCCGUCCAGACCGGUCUCAAGUCCAUCGAUGCUAUGGUUCCCAUCGGCCGUGGCCAGCGUGAGCUGAUUAUCGGUGACCGUCAAACCGGAAAGACCGCCGUCGCUCUGGAUGCCAUCCUCAACCAGAAGCGAUGGAACAACACCUCCGACGAGACCAAGAAGCUCUACUGUAUCUACGUCGCCGUCGGUCAGAAGCGAUCCACCGUUGCCCAGCUUGUCAAGACCCUCGAGGAGAACGACGCCAUGAAGUACUCCGUCAUCGUUGCCGCCACCGCCUCUGAGGCCGCUCCUCUGCAGUUCUUGGCUCCUUUCACUGGCACUGCAAUUGGGGAGCACUUUCGGGACAAUGGCAAGCAUGCUCUCAUCGUCUUCGAUGAUUUGACGAAACAGGCUAUUGCAUAUCGUCAAAUGUCUCUGCUGCUCCGUCGUCCCGCCCGGACGUGA